GUCUCGAACUUGGCUUUGUCUCGAACCUUGCUCUGAUACCAACUGUCACGUGAGUUUUAUUUUAUCACCAAAACUUUGCCCACGUGCGGCCUAGCUCGCUUGAUUUUCCCGAAAGUCAAGAUAGUUAGUCAGCCUUCCCUUGAUUGCCAAACUCGGCAGAAUGAAAGCAAUUACGCUAGCGGAAGUAAAUUUACGAAAGUGGCACAAAGAGACGCAAGAAUUUUGGAAGUGUAUGCUUGUAUUGUUUAACUCACUAUAAGUCUCUUUACACUUCUCUCUUUAUAGUUACAAUGAGCACACACUCUCUCUCUACACAACCAUGAACAACCUACAAAUGAUACAAGGAAGGGGUAUUUAUAGUUUUUCCCCCCUGUCCGCCAAUAUGGCCGUGUUCCAGGCCGUGUUGGGACAUGGCCGUGCUCAAGGCCGUGUUGAGAACACGGUUUGGGGUUAUUGGCCGUGUUACCUACUGUGGCCGUGUUCUCCCGAAGCUUCUAGGUCUUUCGCAUUUGUAUUCAACCAACACGGGCGUGUUCUUGGGUGUGUUGGAAACACGGGCAGUGUUGAAAUCCAACACGGCCAUGUUGUGUAGCCUUCCCUGCCUAGCUGCGAGGCGGGCCGUGACACAAGGCUGCUGCAGAAGAUGCUAAAUUUUAUGUUUUUGAUUUGCUUGUGACUGAUGGGUACUUGUCAGGAUGUUGUUAAGGAAGAUUAAAUUUAAUUGAAUUGUAGUACUUGAAGAAUAACCAUAAUUCACAUGUAACUUCAAACAAAAUUAUACAUUAUCACUAUAUUUAUAAAUAUCAAAAAGAAUUUCUAACCCCCGUUAGACCUCCUAAACAAACAAAAAAGAAUGUGUUUUAAUAAGCCAUCAUAAAGAGAAGCAUCCUUGCUGUGAGCAAGCACGGAUACACAAGUAGAGUACUCUGUUUAACAAUAAUGCAAUUUAGUUUCCAGAAGUAAACCCAAGAACUUAUCCAUACUCGUGCCAAAUACAUUUUCCUGAUAGGUUUCUUCGAAAGGAAAGUAAACCUUUAUUGCGUUGUUAAAAGGUAGAUGGCCAUUGAGAGAUUAAUCAACUAAUACUUGGUCAAUACAAAUGGCCAUUGACAAUUCAAUCAAGCUUUGAGUUCCCAACACAAGCCACAAAAAAGAUAGAACCCUAUGUAUAACUUCUUAGAUAGACUCUGUUACAUUCAAUAAAAAUAAAUCAUAUUAAUUAAUCCCGAUACAUAAAUAUCAGUCACAUGAAAUCAUAUUAAAAUAUUCACAUAUCCACAUGGCCAUUGAAGCAGUCAAUCAACUUCAAACUACAUUAUUGACCUUCUUUUCUUUAGUUUAGGAAAGUCCAUGGAAAUUGCAAUAACAACCUUUCAAGACAAGUUAAUGAUACUUAAUCCCUUUGAUAUAUAGAUUCAUAUGUAGCUUUUCCAGCCAUUUUCAAUUUUCUUCUACUCUCAUAUAUAUUCAUCUUCAUUAUAUCAAUCUUUGUUACGUACUGAACCAACAAGUUAGAUCAUCUCUAUUAUUUCCAUAAGUUCAGAACCACCAAGAUGUCUCAGUCUCUUAGGGCAAGAACUGCAUCCACCAAGCAGGAACCAAUACCUGAGGUAUCAACAGCAAGCUCAAGUUCAGCUAGCGAUGAUCAUCUUCAUGAGCCUGAAACUCCAAAAUCCCCAUCAAGAUCAUCACCUUCUCUCUCCCAACGCGCAAUCUCACAGACCCUAACAAGCACAGCAAACCUAGCAAAUCUUCUCCCUACAGGAACCCUUUUAGCAUUUCAGCUUCUAACACCAAUCUUUACCAACAAUGGCGCGUGCGACUCCGUGACACGCCCUAUGACCUUGUGUCUGCUUGCUCUGCUCGCCAUUUCUUGUUUUCUUUCUUCGUUUACAGACAGUGUGAAAUCAUCUGACGGGAAGCAGGUGUAUUAUGGGAUUGCAACUUUCAAAGGGAUUUUUCUGUUUGACUGUCCAGACCCUGUAGGCGCAGGAUUGAAAGAUUUGAGCAAGUACAAGAUCAGGUUUAUUGAUGGAGUUCAUUCUGUUCUGUCUGUGCUUGUUUUUAUUGCUUUUGCUUUGAGGGAUAAAAAUGUGGUGAGUUGCUUCUAUCCUAUGCCUAAACAUGAAACUCAAGAAGUUCUGAACAUUGCUCCAGUUGGAAUUGGAUUAAUCUGCAGCUUGUUGUUUGUUGUCUUUCCAACAAGAAGGCAUGGAAUUGGCUAUCCUGUUACAGCAGGCAAAUAAUUGACCAUUUCUCCCUUUCUAUCAUUUUUUUUUUUUUGGUAAAGCCCUUGUGUAUUUCUUUCUUUCUUUUCUUUCCUUUUAAAUUAAUUAGUUUUUUUCCCUGUCGGAAAGACAUUAUUAUAUUCGAUUUAUGUUCUUUUUCUUUUUUGUCAAUUUGUAAGAUUUCUUUACUUAGUUUGUGGUCCAUUGAUGGCUGCCAGCUUCAUAUAUAUACAAUGCCGACUUUGAUUUGGUAAA